GUUGUGAGUGUGGUAUGCGCUUUUUAGCCGACAGCUGCGUUGAUUGGCUGGUAAAACAUUGUUUCGUCAUACGUUAGAUUCCAAGUUUGUUUGAGGGAUACCGGUUACAUAGCCCGGCUUGCAGCGUGUCCUUGUGAGUAUUGCAAAGCUAACAGAGACGUGGAGGCACCACCAGCACCUUAACAACCAGGUUUAAUUAUGGGAGACGUAGAGAAAGGCAGGAAGAUCUUUGUCCAGAAAUGCUCACAGUGCCACACCGUUGAAAAAGGUGGAAAGCACAAGACUGGACCAAACCUGCAUGGCUUAUUUGGACGCAAGACUGGUCAGGCAGAGGGAUUUUCCUACACUGAUGCUAACAAAAACAAAGGGAUAACCUGGAAUGAGAAAACAUUGUUCGAAUACUUAGAAAAUCCCAAGAAGUAUAUCCCAGGCACAAAGAUGAUCUUUGCUGGCAUUAGGAAGAAGCAAGAGAGAGAAGAAUUAAUAGCAUAUCUGAAAGAUUCAACCUCCAGCUAAUGUCCAUAUGUGCUGCCUUAUUUAUUUCUGAGAGGAGGUUGCUGUUAAUAAGAUGCUUUUUAAAUUUUAUAUUUUUUUUUAUUUGUACUGUCCUUGCAUCUUUGAAGAUUGUCAUCUGGCAGAGCAUGUAAACAUAAAUGAUCACAGAAAUUCGGCUAUUUAAAUACUUUCAAAAUCAAAAUUGUAAACUCUUUCCACUAUUAAAAAAACCACACAAAAAACA